AUGCGUCUCUUUGCCACUGGGAGGGCUCUGCGCGCAAGCAGUGCCCGGUGGGCAAUUGCUCCCUCACUACCGCAAUCCUUGACUAUCGAAGGUCAAUCCUACCGCACAGAUCAGUGGACGAAUACUCCGGAUACGAUUCUCUCCCACAUCGGCCGCCGCCUAUAUCUCGACGAGAACCACCCUCUAGCGAUUACGCGCCAACUGAUCGAGAGCCAGUUCCCUGGCCCGGCAUACGGAAACUACACCGAGAAGAACCCUGUUGUGUCGACGGCGCAGAACUUUGAUGUCCUGGGCUUUCCCUUGGAUCACCCCGGUCGGAGUCGCACGGACACUUACUACAUCAACGACAAGACGGUCUUGCGGACACACACCAGUGCCCAUCAGCAGGCAUACUUUCAGCAAAUCAAUCGCAAUGAGAACACCCGUCCGGAGGAAGUUGGCUAUACUGUCGUCGCUGAUGUGUAUCGGAGAGAUGCGAUCGAUCGCAGUCACUACCCGAUCUUCCAUCAGAUGGAAGGCGCUAUGCUUUGGAAGCGUCCGGAUAAUGAGCCCUUGAAGCAUGCUAGUCAGACUGCCGCUACGAUCAUUGAGGAUGUCAAGAAGAUCCCUGCUCAUGACGUCGAGGUCGAGGACCCAAACCCUACGAUCCACGCCCAGAGGAACCCCCUACAGGCGGAAUAUCAUAGCGAGGAGGAAGUUGAGGCCAUCGCGGCACAUCUCAAGCGGUCCCUGGAGCGCAUGGUCAUCAAGAUCUUUACCGAGGCCAGCAAAGCUGCUGCCGGUAGCAGUGAGCAGCCAGAACCCCUGAAGGUCCGCUGGGUGGAGGCAUACUUCCCAUUUACCAGCCCGUCCUGGGAGUUGGAGGUAUUCUGGCAGGGUGACUGGCUCGAGGUCCUUGGUUGUGGUGUUAUCAAACAGGAGCUGCUGAACAACUCGGAUGUGCCCAACCGUGUCGGAUGGGCCUUCGGUAUCGGUUUGGAGCGUAUUGCUAUGCUUCUGUUCAACAUCCCGGAUAUCCGCCUGUUCUGGUCGCGUGACGAGCGAUUCCUUUCCCAGUUCCGCGCGGGUGAGAUCACUCGCUUCGAACCAUUUUCCAAGCACCCCGCCUGUUACAAGGAUGUCGCCUUCUGGCUGCCCUCUGCGUCUGUCAGCGGUGGCAGUGCGGCGGGCGGAGCUGCGCCCGUGCACGAGAACGACAUCAUGGAGAUCGUCCGCGGCGAGGCAGGAGAUCUGGUGGAAGACGUCCAGCUGAUUGACGAAUUUACCCACCCCAAGACACACCGGAAGAGCAUGUGCUACCGUAUCAAUUACCGGAGUCUGGAGCGCACCUUGACGAAUGAAGAAACAAAUGACCUACAUGAGAAGGUCCGCCAAAAGCUUUUGGAGGCGUCGCAUCCUCCCAAGGCGGCGAAUGCUCCAGCCCCUGCAAAAAAAGUUCAUUAUCCUUUCUGGUUCGGUGGUUCAGCAUCAUGCUUUGCGGCUGCCGUUACUCACCCUCUGGAUCUCGUGAAGACCCGCGGGCCUGGCGCCCCCUCGACUAUGGUCGGCACAUUCGUGCAUGUGUUCAAGAAUGACGGAUUCUUCGGUCUUUACAGCGGGUUGUCCGCCGCCAUUCUGCGCCAACUGACCUACUCCACCACACGAUUCGGUAUCUACGAGGAACUCAAAAACCACUUUACCUCCCCCGACUCGCCUCCUGGCCUCUUCACCCUGAUCGGUAUGGCCUCUGCCUCCGGCUUCAUCGGUGGCAUGGCUGGUAACCCCGCCGACGUUCUGAACGUGCGCAUGCAAUCCGACGCUGCUCUCCCUCCCGCUCAACGCCGUAACUACCGCAAUGCGAUUCACGGAUUGGUGACGAUGACGCGCACCGAAGGUCCCGCCAGCUUGUUCCGCGGUGUGUGGCCGAACUCGACCCGUGCUGUUCUCAUGACAACGUCGCAAUUGGCCUCGUACGAUACCUUCAAGCGCUUGUGUCUCGAGAAGCUCGGCAUGUCUGAUAACAUGGGAACGCAUUUCACUGCCUCCUUCAUGGCUGGAUUUGUGGCUACCACUGUCUGCAGCCCUGUCGAUGUGAUCAAGACUCGUGUCAUGAGCGCUUCUCCGGCUGAAGGCCGCAGUCAGAGCAUCGUUGGACUGCUCCGUGAUAUCACUAGAAAGGAGGGCCUCGCAUGGGCUUUCCGUGGUUGGGUGCCGAGCUUCAUUCGUCUCGGUCCUCACACCAUUGCCACAUUCAUCUUCCUUGAAGAGCACAAGAAGCUCUAUCGCUUGUUGAAGGGGCUUUGA